AUGGUUCGAGCGCUAGAGGAAGAACAAGAAACCUUGAGGUCUCGCCUCAGUCAUGUUAAUGGAAUGCAAGAGGAUGCAGGACGACCAACGCGCGGUUUGACCCGCGAGAGCUGUAAUAUCAAAGAUAAUGAGGAUUCAUUCUCUUCCUCGAACAAUCGCGAAAAGCAAAGAACUGGGAAUUCGCUCGGCCGCAAUGAUGGAGAUAUGGAACUGAUGAAGGAGAAGUUCGCGAAGUUGCUCUUGGGUGAGGAUAUGUCGGGUGGAGGAAAGGGAGUUUCAUCAGCUCUAGCAUUGUCAAAUGCAAUCACAAACCUAGCAGCUUCUGUCUUCGGAGAGCAAAAGCGAUUAGAGCCCAUGUCACCAGAGAUGAGAGCAAGGUGGAGAAAGGAAAUUGAUUGGCUCUUGUCUGUCACAGAUCACAUUGUUGAGUUUGUUCCUUCCAAACAAGUGUCUAAAGAUGGAACUAACAUGGAGGUUAUGGUUACAAGGCAGCGAAAUGACCUUCAUAUGAAUAUUCCUGCCUUGCGAAAGCUCGACGCAAUGCUUAUUGAUUGCCUAGACAACUUUAAAGAUCAAAACGAAUUCUACUAUGUGUCUAAAGACUCUGACGAAUCACAGAAGGGGAAAAGUAAUGCUAGGAAGGAUGACAAAUGGUGGAUACCUACUCCUAAAGUUCCGCCUAAUGGCCUCUCUGAUGUUGCAAAGAAAUGGUUGCAGUUUCAGAAGGAGUCAGUCAACCAAGUCCUUAAAGCAGCCAUGGCCAUAAAUGCCCAAGUCCUUUUAGAGAUGGAGAUCCCUGAGAAUUACAUAGAGAAUCUCCCUAAGAAUGGGAGAGCGAGCCUUGGAGAUUCAAUCUACAAGAGUAUAACUGAUGAGCACUUUGAUCCUGAUUAUUUUCUCUCGAUGGUGGACUUAUCAUCAGAACACAAAAUUCUUGACCUCAAGAACAGAAUUGAGGCAUCUGUUGUGAUCUGGAGAAGGAAGAUGACUGCAAAAGAUGGAAAGUCAUCCUGGAGUUCAGGUGUAAGUAUGGAAAAGAGAGAACUCUUCGAAGAUAGAGCUGAGACAAUCUUACUCAUUCUUAAGCAUCGGUUCCCAGGAAUUCCUCAGUCUUCACUUGACAUUAGCAAAAUCCAAUAUAACAGAGAUGUGGGGCAAGCCAUUCUGGAAAGCUAUUCAAGAAUAAUAGAGAGCCUGGCAUUUACUGUCAUGUCACGAAUAGAAGAUGUUCUUCAUGCUGAUUCUCUUGCAAAAAAUCCAUCUGCUGGAGAACCAAAAAAAACCCUAAAGAAGGAAACAAUAACUUUGGAGAGCAUCCCCAGUGCUAAAGAAGAAGCAGACAAACUAAAUUCAGCAGAGACACCAACAUCAAAGACACUUCUAGAUUUCAUGGGUUGGUCACUGGAUCAAGGAGAGACCGAAGUAAAGAAAGACGUGAAGGAAGAGGUGUCCAAAGACAACGAUUUGAAGAUUUUGAGCAAACCACCAAAUAUUGCCACCAACAAGAAAAUUUCUUACAUAGAGAGACUAGAGCACUUGGGUGGUUCUAGAAGUCCAACAGCGCGUCACUAACCAAAUUUUGUCCCAGAUACCAAAUUAACUUACAUUAUUAGAGGCAAGGACUGACCAGCAGAACUCUUCUCGAAUGUGAACAGCAUUGGACGUUUAUAUUCAGACGAAUUAAAGCCAUAUAGGAUUUGAUACAUUUUUCCUUUGUAAAUAUGGAAAAGCCACUAGAGCUACUGGCUUCAAAACACAUUGGCUAUGCUCACUCAGUAGAUGAGAUCAGUUUGUUAAAAUAUUUUGGUCUUGUAAUUUCUAACAUUUCAGUCAUACUUUCCGGCUUCAUGACUCCAAUCCAGAAUAACAGGACUGCAAUGAGUAUCUGCAAUUUGCAUUUUCCAAGGAACAACCCUCACCCUGCCAGUUUAAAUCUACAAAUCAUACUACAAUACAAUGCUGUACUGGGCUGCACAUUUGAGGAGAAAUAAGCAAGCAUCAAUUUCCAUCUUAGAGGAAGUCAGCGUACUUUCAGGUUAAAGAGAUUGGAACUUUUCUGCAUGAGAAGCCAUUAUAGAGUUGAGAUUCAAACGAGUCUCAUAAAAAUUUCCAAUUGAAGCAAGACAGACGAGUAAAAUCUCAUCCAGGAGAUUAAAGAUGAGCAACAAAGCAAUGGUGCCCCCAAGUAGUAAACAAUCAUUGUGAUAAUAAGCAGGCACACGAUUACGCUCCAGAGAUACUUACAAGCUUUAGAA